UCAGCCUGCUGUCGACUGCGGUAGGGCCUCGAACUUUAAGGUGGAAGAUGUCCGGAAGUAACUUGGCAGAGGGCAGCAACCCAAGCGGGGCGCAGAUGUCUGGUGCGGAAGUCAUCGCCCAGUCCCUGAAAACACAGGACGUGAAGUACAUGUUUGGCAUCGUAGGCAUUCCAGUGACUGAAAUUGCCCUUGCCACCCAGAAACUGGGCAUCAGAUACGUCGGGAUGAGGAAUGAGCAGGCUGCUUGCUAUGCUGCCUCUGCAGUUGGAUAUCUGACAGGCAGGCCAGGAGUUUGCCUUGUCGUUUCUGGUCCAGGUCUCAUCCAUGCCUUGGGUGGUAUGGCAAAUGCAAACAUGAACUGUUGGCCCUUGAUUGUGAUUGGUGGUUCCUCUGAAAGAAGUCAGGAAACAAUGGGAGCCUUCCAGGAGUUUCCUCAGGUUGAAGCUUGUAGAUUAUAUAGCAAGUUCUCUGCCCGGCCAGAUAGCAUAGAAGCUAUUCCCUCUGUUAUUGAAAAGGCAGUGAGAAGCAGUAUUUAUGGUCGUCCAGGUGCUUGCUAUGUUGACAUACCUGCAGACUUUGUGAACCUCCAGGUGAAUGUGAAUUCUAUAAAGUAUAUGGAGUGCUGCUUGCCUCCUCCUAUAUGUAUGGCAGAAACCUCCGCAGUAUAUGUGGCAGCAUCUCUUCUUAUGAAUGCCAAACAACCCCUUCUUAUCAUUGGGAAAGGUGCUGCUUAUGCCCAUGCAGAGCACAGUAUCAGAAAACUGGUGGAGCAAUGCAAAUUACCAUUUUUGCCCACCCCCAUGGGAAAGGGUGUUAUCCCUGACAACCAUCCAAACUGUGUAGGUGCUGCCAGAUCCAGGGCUUUGCAACUUGCUGAUGUAAUUGUGUUAUUUGGUGCCAGAUUAAAUUGGAUUUUGCAUUUUGGACUGCCUCCAAGAUACCAGCCAGAUGUGAAGUUUAUCCAGGUUGAUAUCUGUGCAGAAGAGUUAGGGAAUAAUGUAAGGCCUGCUGUGGCCUUGCUUGGAGACAUAAAUGCUGUCACUCAACAGCUUUUGGAACAAUUUGAUAAAAUACCAUGGCAGUAUCCUCCUGAAAGCAAGUGGUGGAAAAUUCUGAGAGAAAAAAUGAAGAGCAAUGAAGCUGCAUCCAAGGAAUUAGCUUCCCAAAAAUCCCUGCCAAUGAAUUAUUACACAGUAUUCUACCAUGUUCAAGAACAGCUACCCAGAGAUUGUUUUGUGGUGAGUGAAGGAGCAAAUACUAUGGAUAUUGGGCGCACUGUGCUUCAGAACUACCUUCCUCGCCACAGGCUUGAUGCUGGUACCUUUGGAACAAUGGGAGUCGGUUUGGGAUUUGCCAUUGCAGCUGCUGUAGUUGCAAAAGAUAGAAACCCAGGGCAGCGGGUCAUUUGUGUGGAAGGAGACAGUGCAUUUGGGUUCUCUGGCAUGGAAGUGGAAACCAUCUGCAGGUACAACUUGCCAAUCGUACUUUUGGUGGUGAAUAAUAAUGGAAUUUACCAAGGAUUUGAUAUAGAUACUUGGAAGGAUAUGUUAAAAUUUGGAGAUGCUACCACAGUGGCCCCUCCAGUGUGUCUUUUGCCACACUCACAUUACGAGCAUGUCAUGACUGCAUUUGGAGGCAAAGGGUAUUUUGUACAAACAUCAGAAGAACUCCAGAAAUCCUUGAGGCAGAGUCUGGCAGACAUGACUAAACCCUCUCUUAUCAACAUCAUGAUUGAUCCUCAAGCCAUGCGAAAGGCCCAGGAUUUUCACUGGCUGACCCGCUCUAAAAUAUGAAUAAAGAUGCCAAUGAGUGACUUGAAGAAUUUUCUCUUUCCUGCGAGAUGGAAUUUUAUUUUCCAUAGCAAAAUUACUAUAAUGAUGUACAAAGAAAAAUAAAAAAUUCUAAACAACAUUUUAUAGU